CAUCUUCUGUAGGGAUGUUGUGUGUGACAGAUGUCUUGUAACCAAAGUCAUCCUUUGAAAACACAUCACUGUGCUUUGCCAGUAGGUCCCGGAGUUUUCCACGCUGAGCUUCUGUGAGUUCUUCAAGAUUUGUUUGCACUGCAACAGGCAACUGCUCCGUGGUGCCUUCCUCCACUUUUACCUGAUGUUGCUGCACAGCCUUGACAUGCAGAGCUCCUUCCUUCUCCUCAAACUCAACAAGCACUUUUGGAUCAACCUCUUGCGGCUUACACAGUGCUGCUAUCCUACAUCACGGCAUGAGCUUCACAGCCUUCUCACUAGAAUUCAACACUCUGUCUGGGACUUUACCAUAAGCUGUCUUGGCCAGCACAUUAGCAAUAAGAACACUCUUUGGCAAGUUGACUUCUGAUGAGUCCUCGACCAGCACUUGGCUGCUCACUUUUGGUGGUAUUCUACAGCAACCUUCCAAAACAUGCUCACUGAAUGGAGGGAUAGUGAUUGCUUGCUUUCCAGCUACUUUCACAAACCCAAUCUUGUUUCCACAACUCAAUGCCUCAGUCUGUAUCUUAAUGUUAGCCAACACACGCUGGACUUUUGCUUCCCCGACACUAUGGCUAUACCUGUCCAUCUUCUUCAUAACUUCAGUGGCCAUGAAUAGAUCUCUGAGGUCACUUAACACAUUCAUCCCAACAAUUUUGGCUGCACAGCAGUUCUUAAAGAAAAUGGUGUCAUUGUCCAGGUUAAGUAAAUUCAGAAUUGAUUCAUUCCAUUGUAAGAAUCAAUAAUUAUUAAUUUAUCUAUAUCAGCAGUGGAGUAAACAAUCAUGUCAUCAUCCAGCUCAGUUCAAUUCGCAUACAAGGGUGUCGAUGCAGGCAGAUCAAAACAUUGUUGUAUAUCAAGUGUCAAGUGUCCCCAACUAUGCAAGCCAAAGGCAACGGCGGCAAGGAACCCAAACUCCAACAGGUGACAUCAGGUGGCAAACAGGUGUUAAAAUGGAGAAAAAAAAAAACCUUGGGAGAAACCAGGCUCAGUCAGGGGGCCAGUUUUCCUCUGGCCAACGGCGAACAGUGCGUGAUUAUGAUUCAGGCAGCUUUCAUAAGUCAGAUUGAAAUUGCAACAGUCAAAGUAUUUAUUCCAGUUCCAACUAGUUGAGGAUCGUAUUCUUCAUGCCAGUAUGGGACGGUUUGUUGAGGAUCUGUGCCACUGGCUGUCGUGUCGAUGAGGCCUUCACAGGGGAUGAUCUAGUAGACACUUCAGGGCUGCGUUGUCGUUGUGUCUAGGCGCAGGUCCUUGAUCUCGGCUGACUACGGUACACUUUGAGAUAAACUGAGAGACUAAUAUUAGCGUAGAUGCCAUUCUUCUUCUGAUGUAACGAGUAUGUAACGAGUACAUCUGGUGUUAUAGGAAGUGUUCCUGGUUCCGGCUGACCUAAUUUAUGCAGCCUAACAUAAAUCACCGAAAACACUUUCACAGAGGGCCUUGAAAACAUUCCCUGCAUCACAGUCUGCAGUGUGACUUCUGAUAACGGAUGGACCUGGACUCUCCAGCACUGAGGUAACUUGAUCAGCUGUCUUUUCCAUCUCCACUUUGUUUUUCAGAGGUUGCAUCCAUUUUAAUUUUCUCUGUUCUGAGGACAGCAUCGGCUAGUCUGCCCUGGCUUACUACUCAUAUGUCAGGUCCCUCUCAGCUUUGACUCUCCCCUUCAUUUCACGUCGUAGCGAGUCAUCCUUGUGGCGUAACACAAGCUGUUCUUUCAGUACACCAUCAGCAUCAGGGACUCUAGUCGGCCCCCGGUUCUGGAUGAUACUCAGCUUCUCCUGCAAGUCAUAAGCAUAAUAGCGGAUAGUUUCUCCAGGCAUUUGCUUGCGGUCGUAAAACACUUUCAGUCUGCUGCCAAUGGGAAGUUUGUCCCCAUAUGUCUGGUCUAAAGCAUCAAAGAUCUCAUCCACUGACCUCCCAUUUCCGAUGAGCAUAAACUUGAUUGUCAUCUUAGCCUCAUCUUUUAAAUACUGCUUAACAAACUCAAUUUUGUCUUCUUCUGGAAGUUUCAACAUCUUAAAUCCGGACUUCAUCGAGUUUAUUGAUUCUUUUAUACUCAACUCACCAGGCCUGGAUUGAUAUCUGCUGAACUGUGGGAGUUUACGGUCUCUUGGGAUGUAAACAGUAGAUGGCGCUCUUUGGGCGGCAGCCUGUUGAUCAAUAACAGCUUUAGCAAGCAAAAGCACUUCUCUCUGUUCGGCUCUGGCCUGUUCCAACAUACCUACCUGUUCACCGAACCUCCUUUGCAUCUCUGCAAACUGUCUCUUUAAUUCCUCCAGUUCAGCGAUAGUGUCGAAUCAAAGACCUGGAAUUUACACUUAAUUAGUAUACUCGCUAGUUUAUCCUGUUCGUGACGUCAGUAUGUGGUGGAGGGAAAUAUGCCACCGCCUUGUGUGGGGAAUGUUCAGCACUUAGCUAAGGAAGAUCCUUGUCCUCCCACCCAAUGCUUUUAGUCGUUGUACAACUAUUAGUUGUAUAUUGUGCCUAUCGUGUUACAAUGUGUAAAUGCUGUUAAAGAGGUGGUGAGGGGCUAGAAAAAGAGUAGAAAAAGAGGAAAAUAGUGUACAUCACCACUCUUAGUUCAUGGACGAGGCACUGAAUGAUGUCCAACGGAUGGCAGGGUAAUGUCUCUUCACUCAAUAACCCUCAGCGAUUGUCCCCGCGAUACUUACCAGCCUACGUCUGUUACAUAAACAUAACUUUAACGUUAUACACUACCCGAAAACCAAUGCAUUCUUCCUCAGCGCAUCACUGCUCUUCUCCACCGUCUCACCGUUCUCUCUUCACUCUUCGCGCACAUUUAAUGGCAGAAUGCUUUAACAUUUCAAUAAUUAAUUGAUAAACUAGUGUUUUCUGUAUUUUCGGCUGCAGUGAUGAAGUCGACGAGGCUGACUCGUCAUCUCGUCACACGCCUAUAUGCACGUUUCAUACGGAUUACAUAACCUGAGAAUAUUUCGGUUCUUUUUUUUUGGCGCACUCAAGUUCACAGAGAGAGAUGGCAGAAAGCGCACCCUGUAUGCUUUGAUUAUUUUACUAAAGCACAACGUUUUGUUAAGUAGACACUUCACAGAUUCAAAAGAUGUAUUACUCUCAUCUGUAUGACCAAAAAUGACACAGUAUUUUAAGUGCAAGUGAUCGCACCGGCGCCUCCAUGAUAGCUGUCAUGCAGUAAGCGCGCUACUAUUCAGCUUUCACGCUCUGCACAAACACUUGAAUAGCCCCCAUUUUUCUAGGUUAACAUUAAAGCAAGUUGCUAGUACUUACAUGUUUCAGAUGACCAUAUUUGCCAUAUUUGAGGUGGAUGAAUGAUCGUUUGGAUGUCCUGCCCGAUGUACUGUAAUUACCACAUUGAUCAGCUGUUAAUGAUCUGUCAUGUAAAUGAUCCGCAGCAGGGAGUUACACACUACACAAGCGGACAACAACUCUGUCACCCAAUGACUUUAUUUGAAAAUGGACAUUGGGAAGAAAUUUAAUUAAAUUAACCCUUUCACAUAAGUUUAAAAUAUUCUGAGUGUUUUGUCAUUUAAAAACCUAUAUAAUGAUGUUGAUCAUAAUCUAUAGCUACAAUGACGGAUAGCUGAUAAACGUACUCCACACGGCUCCGGGGGGUUAAUAAAGUCCUUCUGAAGCGAAGUGAUGUGUUUGUGUAAGAAAAAUAUUCAUAUUUAACAAGUCAAAAGUAAAAUAUCUAGCUUCCGCCAGACCGCCUUUCAUAUUCAACAAAUGAAAAAAGGGUAACUGACGUCGCAUCAGUUAAGCUUCUUUCAUAAGUUGAUUAGGGAAGGUGUAGGAUGUAGCGUAAGCUUUGUGAACUGUGAGAGUUGGUAGAUAUUUUACUUUAUAACUUUUUAAAUAUGGAUAUUUAUGGAGCCGUGUGGAGUACGUUUAUGAUGGAUGGAUGCACUUUCUUCAGCUCAUACUCGUUGAUGCUGUUCACAGCCAUUUUAAAGUUCGGAUGUGUCAGGAUAUUUAUUAAUAUUUCUCAGAUUGAGUUCAUCAGAAAGAGGAAAGUCAUAUACACCUAGGAUGGCUUGAGGGUGGGUCAGGUGUUACAUUUGUGAGGAGAGUGAUUAAGGGAGAUUCAGUCACUCUCGACUCUCCUCUUACUGAAAUGAAGGAUGAUGAUCUGAUUCAGUGGAGGUUUGGAAACACUUUAAUAGCUGAAAUCAAUGUAACGGCCGACAGAUUCACUGUAUAUGAUGAUGUUCUUGAUGGGAGAUUCAGAGACAGACUGAAGCUGGACAAACAAACUGGAUCUCUGACCAUCACAAACAUCACAAUGAAACAUGAUGGAUAUUAUAAAAUAUUGGGGGAAGGGUUCAUUCUCAUCGUCUAUGAUGAAAUAUCAGUGAAGGAGGGAGAUUCAGUCACUCUAAACUCUGAUCAUACUGAAGUGAAGGAUGUUGAUCUGAUUCAGUGGAGGUUUGGAGAUGGAAACACUAUAAUAGCUGAAAUCAAUAAACGGUUCGACAGAAUCACUGUAUAUGAUGAUGUUCUUGAUGGGAGAUUCAGAGACAGACUGAAGCUGGACAAUCAAACUGGAUCUCUGACCAUCACAAACAUCACAAUGAAAUACACUGGAGAAUAUGAUCUAAAGAUUGACGAUAAGUGGUAUAAUUUCUAUCUCGCUGUCAUUGCUCGUCUGCCUGUUCCUGUCAUCAGCAGCAACUCUUCACAGUGUUCUUCAUCAUCAUCAUCAUCAUCAUCAUAUUGUUCAUUGGUGUGUUCAGUGGUGAAUGUGAGUCAUGUGACUCUCUCCUGGUACAGAGGAAACAGUUUAUUGUCCAGCAUCAGUGUGUCUGAUCUCAGCAUCAGUCUCUCUCUACCUCUGGAGGUGGAAUAUCAGGAUAAAAACACCUACAGCUGUGUGCUGAACAAUCCCAUCAGCAACCAGACUCAACAUCUGGACAUCACUCAACUCUGUCACACAUGUUCAGACUCUGUCCACUGUUGUGGUCCUACUGAAGCUGUGAUCCGAUUGGUCCUCUCUGCUCUGGUGGGCGUGGCUACUGUCAUUAUUCUGGUUUAUGACAUCAGAUCCAGAAGAGCUGAACGAGAUCAAGCACAGAUUCACACAUCAGGAAGUGCUUAAAUCUAAAGCAGAACGCUGAACUUUAAAGAUUCUUCAAGUGUGUUUUUGUCAUAAUAAAUACUGAUGAUUAUUUGAGCUUCUCUUUCAGUGUCAGAUUUGUAAAAAUCUCAUUUGUAAGGCUUUAUUGUUUAUAUUUCUCUCAGAGACACACAGAUCUCACUUUACUACUACUGCUGUAUAUUUGUCAUGUGUAUUUUACACUGUUGUUGAUGAUCAAAUUAAAAUAGCAUCUUUUUAAUGUGUCUGACGGAGAUGACACAAAUUAAGUUCUGAAGUGAAUAAAUGUAAAUUUUUAGAAGAAAACAUUUUCAGAAAAACCUGUUCCCUCACAUGUUCAUUAGCUUGUCUACAAAUAUAUCAGUUUAUAAUAAUGUGUUAUUAAAUAAUAAAAACUAACAUCUAAAACAAA